AUAUGUUAAACUAUAUCCAACAUGGACGUCCUAAGACGGAAAAAAAUGUUGUUUUAGAAAUUUUUACUAUCUGUUUGGUCUAACGAUGGUAUUUACCAGCAGUUGAAGUGCAUAGAUAAUGCAUAGAUGACAAAUAUGACCGAAAAAUGUAUUGACCUUAAGACAGAUCUUGAUAAGGCCAAGAAAGUGUACAGAGCUGCAGUAGAUGCUGUGAGGAAGCUAGAUGAAGGGUUAAAGAAGAAACGGGCAUACAGAGAGGUGUUCCAUCAGGAAGCUGUCGGCCUCAGAUACAAGUUAAGAGAGUACUGUGAACGCUUGAUGUUCUACAAUCCAUUGUAUUAUGGCAGAAAAGCUGAAGAAGUUUUGUGGAGGAAAGUGUUCUACGAAAUCAUUCAGAUAAUCAAAAAGAACAGAAGGCAUGUACGUGUGGGCAGUUCAUUAGAGACAGCUUACAGAACACACCUUUCAUCAGCAUGUGGUUACUAUUACCAUUUAUUAUUCCGCCUUCAACGAGAUUUCAACCUCAAACUGGAGACUAAAAUUGAUUUUCCUCUCCUGCCAGACAAUAACCCAGGACGAUUCAUAAAAUCUUCAAGACGUAAGGAGGUGACGCCAGCUAUGCAUGAGUGGGCAAUGAAAUCUGUACAUAGAUGUCUGGUUUGCCUUGGUGAUAUUGCACGAUAUCAGCAAGAUUUUGAUUCAGGAAUGAGUGGGGCAGCAGCAGAGAGGUUCUACCAGCAGGCCCUCAUGCUGGCUCCAGAGAUGGGAAUGGCUCAUAAUCAGUUAGGGACUCUUGCAUCAUCACGAUACUUCAACUGUGAGGCAGCUUAUCAUUACAUCAGAUGUAUGGCCUGUGAUGUCCCAUUUGAAGGAGCUGAGGGUAACCUGCAGAGAUUAUUCGAGAAAAAUCAAAAACGUUUCAGUGAUUUGAAAACUGACUCUGGUAAACAGUCCAACACACCUAAAGAACAGUGUUACCAGGAUUUGAAAGCGUUCUUUGUUAGAUUUCUACAACUGCUGAAAGUUCUCUAUGAUGUCCCAAAUAGUGAUGCAACAGAAAUCCAGGAAUGUUGUCAGACAACUCUACAAAGCUUUAAUCACUGUAUGUUCUAUGAGCCUGUCAGUUACAGUGACGAUCUCUCCGAGGAAAACAUACAUUUCAUGGAGGAUGAUAUUGUCUUUAAGAUAGUCGUUAUUUGCAUUGCUACUGUCUACAUAUUGCAGAAGAGAGGUUCUAGGAAAGUGACAGCUGCCAUAGCAUUUCUUCUUGCUCUUUUCUCUCACAUUCUCAAUCAUGUUGUCAUAAGACUUCAGGGAGCUUUAUAUGAAAAGGAAAAUCCAAAUAAAAUCUUACAGUCAAAUACUCAGCGUUACAAUGAAGUGAAUGGUGAGGAUUCGGAAAGCGACAAAAGUUCCUCACUGACAGAUACCUCAUCAUUGAAGAAUGGUCAUAUUAAACAUGGAAACUGUCUUCCCAAUCAGAAUGAUGAUAAUGAAAACAAACCUCAGCAACCAAAGAAACCUGCCAAAUCCCAUAUGCGAAAUUUACGGCGACGGCGACCUCGUUCUAGUAAAGCUGUUGUGAGUGAUGAUUCUGACCUUUCAGAUAUAUCAGAUCUCAGUGAAGGUGGGGAGGUUCUUCGAGAUGAUUUAUCUGACGAGUCAGAAGAUGAGCCUCUUGGUUUCUAUGACGACUCAGACUCUGAUAUGUCAGACUCCUUUAUGAAGAGUCAGGAACUGGACCCCGGCUUUGCUACAAACCCAGAUGCUGACAGUAACAACAGUGCGAUAGAAUCUACAAUCAAUAAACAGAAUGCAGACUUUCUUCCACCUGUGUUUCCUAGCUCUGACCAAAGUAAAAUUUGGUCCGAUAUUUCAAGAACAGACAGUCUGGCAACAUUUUCAUCAGAGUUGUUUUCGUCUUCUGUGCCUUUCCUCGGUGGCAGUUUUAAACUGUCACAGCAGACAGACGGUGUAGAUAGUGAUGUGAUUCAGGGCCGGAAGCAAGUGUCAGUGCCGCCUGGGUUUGCAGCAUCGUCUGAGGCAAAACAUGUGGAGGAGAUAUCUCAGAAACUUGCCAACUUUGUGAUAGAAACUGACACAGAAACAUCGAUUACAGCGACGGAAGCAGAGUUUUCGGGAGCAUCUGAUGAUGAAGAUGGUGCAGGUGAUGUCAGCAGUAGUGAAGAAAAUGAUAAAAUCAGGUCAUCUGAAGAGGAGAAGGAGGCAGUGCACCAACAGAAUGUGGUCAGUGUGAUUCAGGGGGAGGGGCUACUGUCAGUCAUCAAAGUGAUGUGUGAUUGGAUGAUGUGUAACUCUUCUGUCAUCAUGACAUGUGCACAGAGUUCGCAGUCUGUAUGGUGUAGAUUGUCUGUACUGCUAAAUUUUUUACCACAUGAAUCAACCUUCCUCACUCAUGAUCAGUGUUGGCAGGAUGAAUUGCGGUCAGUUUUGAGUGAAUCUAAGUCUGGUGACUGGAAACAGAGAAUUCCCCUACGUGAAGAUAUAAAUCUGACGAAAUUUCCACCUCUGAAACACAUCCAAGAAAAUCUUGAGAAGAAAAUGGGUGUUAAACUUACAGAGUUGCAGGAGAGUUUCUUGCGAACAUGUUGCCUUAGACAGUUUGGAUACUUUUUAUCUGGCCUAGAUGGAUUACUGUUUAGUUACAAUGAAGAGAAGAAGCUUUUCAUUGGUCCAGCUCAGCCAAUCAGCAUUGACGAAACAGAGGAGGUUGCCAUGGAAAAAAUGGCUGAUACAGAAAGUCGUAGAAAUCAGCUCAUGAGAGAUAUGGCUCAACUUAGAUUACAGCAUAUUAACUCCUUAAUUGAAAAUUUAUGUUUUACGAUAGUGAUAGAUAGUCUUGACCAUCAGAAGAAAGAGAGUCAUGGUGCGAGGGAUGCUAUACGUUGGCUCGAGGCAGAGUUCAGGAAGGGUAACAGAUAUAUCCGUGCACAGAAGAAUAGUGAGAAAAUACCGGCAGCUAAUACCAGACAUUUAAAGAAGAAGAACAGAGAAACAUGGUGUGUGUUGGAGAUGGUGAACUGUGCUCUGUAUUUGUCAAGACAAGGUGGUGAUUUUGGGGCUGAUACUGUGAUUGCAAUUCUCACAUCUAGCGGUUUUAAUGCAAUCAAAAAUCCUGUGGUUAAGCAAACACUUGCAACAAGUAAACAAGAAGGUGUAAGUGUUGAGAACAUAACUGAUUUUGUCAACAAAUGGUCAGAGGUAUUAAACAAGGGCUGAGCCAGGUACCAGUCAGCAAGAUGGACCCGUCUUAGCGCUACUGCUAGAAGGCUACAAAUAACAGUACAAAUACAAGGAACCAAAGAACACAAAGAAAACAAGAUGUCUGUCGGGGCAUAUAAACCAAUGGAACCCAAAGACAUUUUAUGCAUAAAAUCAUAUAGUGUUAUAUCAAAUGGCAUUGUUAAAAAACUUUCAAAUGCAUGUAGCUUAAAUACUGUCAAAAACACUAUAUGGUUCUAUAAGUUCCUUGACCAUUUAAAAAUGGUAAAAAAAAAAUAUGAACAUCUCUGCCAAAAGUAAUUUGCAUACCUGUAUACAUAAUGAUGACCAGUCUCCUAAAGUACAGCUGUCAUUGGUCAGUUUCCAGGUGUUGCUUGGAAACAAUCAGAAGCUUGCUUUUGAGACUGGACUCUAAAUAUAGCUUUAUUGCCUAUUUGGCAUUUCUGCAUAAGUCAAGUACAGUAUUGAUUUUAUGUGUGUAAAAAGGCCUUGGGCUUUGCUAACAUUCUGAUUUAAUACUAAGUUCUUUUAUACAAUCUUAUAAAAAAAAAAUGAAGGUUCAAGAUUGCAAAAAAUAAUAUAGCCAUGUAUGCAACCGAAAUAUAUAGGAUAUAUUGCAUACUGUAAAAUUAAUUAAUAUCCAUGGGAGCCUAAUUUUCAUUGAUUUCAUGGUUGUGCCAGUCCUCGGAAUUAAAUUUGCCAUUUAUUUUAUCUUCCUAAAUUGAAAUCCAUGAAUUCAUAUCUCCAAGAAAUGUCCAUUUGGGCCAAAACCAUUGAUAUUUAAUGCCCAUGAAAUUCAAUGGUUUUACAUUACAUGAAGUUUACAUGAAUUUUAAGGGCAAGCAAUCACUUUAGCAAUGAAAUAUUAAAGCUAUGCAAUUUAUGUCACAUGAACAGUUAUAUAUAGCUGAAUUUUAUAGCUUAAAUAAAAGCUUUACGAAAAUUUAAUUGAUUAAAUUAAUGUUACUUUUCUGUCAUGAGGUUUAACAGAGCAAAAAUAAACUUAUAUAGAGUUUGAGUUUGUGAGCAGAAUAGUUUUAGUUGUUUACCUUACAUUUGUUAAUUAAAAAUAAAUCUUUGCUAAUUGCUUUUAUAUACCUAAGCCUUUUGAUGAAUUAUCAGCAGUUGUUUUUUUCUUCUCAGCACUUAAGUUUUAUCAACACUAAAGUUUUAUAAAUUUCUCUUCCUUUUUGUCCCAUCCAUAGGAGCAAGUAUGUGAUUUGUUCUGGUUCAGUUGGGUGGUUGAAAUGUCACUAUGACUAACUUGUCUAAGUAUAUAUCUAGUAAAGCAACUUAAAAUAUAGACAUUUUAGAUAUAUUUGUUGGUAAGCACACCACUUAUGAUGCUGUCUGCCAUGUUUGACUUAUCAAAGGUUUAGCUAUCCAAAUAUAGAAAAUAUAACGAAAAUGACCGUGGACUAAAUGAAUUGUUGAAGUAAGCCUGGGUUUUUGAGCCACUGAUGCUGAGCCAGAGUAGGUUAAAUUUUGCUGAAUAAAAAGAUAUUUUGCUGUAGUAACCUGAUUGCUUAAUAUACUUUACAUCUGCUGAUAACUUCAUCUUUAAAAGAAUGGCAUUUGGUUGUUACGUUUACAUGAGAAGUGUUGCUGUCUUUUAGGUUUUGUUACAUUCGGGACAUGGGGUUACUUGGUCACACGGUCACAUUUGGAUGUAACGUAAACACUUUUAUUCUUAAUUUACUAUUCUUCAUAUUCAGAGAUACUAUGCUCUCAUUGUAUGCCUGCAGAUAUUUAACUUAUAAAAUACAUAUGUUCACAGUACAUAUUUUAACAAGCAUGCUUGCAUUUUAAAAUCGUUUUUCUUUUUUAAUGGUUACAUUAUAAAUGUUUUUUAUUAUUUCAGCUUUUUUACUUUUUACAGUAGAAAUCAAAUAAUUUUUAUGAACAUUAAAACAUUGAGAAUUUUUAAGAAUGUUGUUGAUUUCAAAGUUCAGUUCAUUUGGAAAAAUAGGUAUACUUAAGGUAGUGACGGUUCAGAAAACUUUAUUCAGUAAAUAGGAUGGGAUGUUGUUGUUGUGUUAUGAUUUAGAAUAAAACUUGAAUAUAGAGAACUGAUUGGCAAAGUAUUUUUUUCAGCAGUCAGAUUGUAUUUGACACAUGUAUAUGCAUUCCUUUUUGGUAUAACCUACUACAGUUACUUUUCCUUGGCAAAGGAUAUUUUCAGACCUAUUGACAGCUGUAGAAGGUUUUUGCUGCUUAUUUCCUUAAAACAUGAACACAUUUACUGUAAAUGUGAAACAGGAACAUUGAAACAUGAACACAUUUACUAUAAACUUGAAACGUGAACACAACUACUAUAAACUUGAAGAACACAUUUACUUUAAAAAUGAACUCCAAAGUGGUAGUAUUUUGUAACAACUUUAACAACAUUCGCAUUUGCCAUAUCAGGUUGAUAUCUACCAUACAGUAAAACCUCUGUUAAUAAAACUUCUUUGGAACAAUUAGAAUCUAUUAUACCUCCCUGCAAAGGCAGUGAAGUUUUAUUUAACUUGUUAAAAUAACAUCUGAAGAGUGAUAGCGAUGGUGCAUGAAAUUUUUCUCUCCCAGCAGUGUUGCUUUUUAAAGAUGACUAGCAAAACUGUGUGCCUUUGUAAAAGGUAGUUUGUCUGCAGAGGUGCUGUUGGGAGAGGUUAUACUGUAUACAUGUCAAAGCAGAUUACCAAAGAUUCAGUCAAAACAAAAGAUACAAAAUCGGUCCGCCUGCAUUAUCAAUAAGCAGGGUCUUCCUGCAUGCUUUACUUCAAAUUGUAUAAUUUUUUUUAAUAUGCUGUACAAUCAAUAAAGGCAGAGAAGAAAACUUU